ACCGGCGCGGCGGGGAGCAGUCGUCAGCGGCGACUUUCCCCGCUGAGUCAAAGGGUGACUCUUGUGUGCGGCUUCUCUUUUAUUUUUCUUCGUAACCGUUAACUGCCCUGACUGUUUUCUUCCAGUUAACACGGCAAACGCGUGAGUUCUUGCGUUUGUUUGUGUCUCUCCCAGAAGCCCCCGACACUCCUCCUCACUGCCGGGUGUGCGCGCUGAGCCGUCGCGAGGCGCCUCCUUCGUCUCCCCUGCUGCUGUGGUGGCACGGUGCUCGCGAUGGCAGCUUUUUUUCAGAAUAUGUGAGGUGGAAAACGCGCUGCUGUGAAGGCUCUGAAUGCUUCAGUUCAUGACUGAGAUGUUCUCCUGAGUUAAAUUUCCCAUUUUGACAAAGGCAUUCCUGAGAAUUACUCAGCUGACAACACAUAAUGGCUUCCAAUAUAAUUGUGGAGCAGCAGUUUUCUCACAAAUUCACAGUGACAGUGGUUCGAGCUGAGAGCGUCACCAAGGGAGCACUGGGUGACCUGUUGGACACCCCAGAUCCAUAUGUGGAGCUGUUCAUCCCAACAGCCCCAGAGAGCAGAAAGAGGACCAAGCACAUUGACAACGACGUCAACCCAAAAUGGAACGAGACCUUUCACUUCAUAUUGGACCCCAACCAGCAGAACGUCUUGGAGUUAACAUUAAUGGACGCCAAUUAUGUGAUGGAUGAGACACUCGGGACGGCGUCCUUCGACAUCACCAAGCUCAAAGUGGGCCAGAAAAAGGUGGAGACUUUCCUCAUUGGCAAAGCAACCAAAGUACACUUAGAGAUGUUGCUGGAGAUAUGCACCAAACUGGACCUGCGGUUCAGCCUGGCCCUUUGCGACCAAGAAAAACAGUUCAGACAAACCCGCAGAGAGAGAGUGAUGCUGGGCAUCAAGAAGCUGCUAGAUAUGGAGAAGCCUCGUUUCCUCCCCAGCUCUCCAGCGGAGGUACCAGUGAUAGCAAUAGCAGGCUCAGGAGGCGGUUUCCGUGCCAUGGUCGGCUUUGCAGGUGUGAUGAAGGCCCUGUUUGAGUCUGGGGUCCUGGAUUGUGCCACGUAUAUUGCCGGCCUCUCCGGAUCCACAUGGUACAUGUCCUCUCUCUAUUCCCACCCUGACUUUCCAAAUAAGGGCCCAAUGGAAAUCAAUAAGGAGCUGAUGCAGAGAGUUAGCAGUAACCCCCUGAGGCUGUUGCUGCCCCAACACAUCACCAAUUACAUCCAGGCCCUGUGGACCAAAAAAGCCUCAGGGCAGCCUGUUACCUUUACCGAUAUCUUUGGUAUGCUCAUAGGAGAGACGCUUAUACCUGCGAGGAUGGACAUCAAGCUGAGUGAAAUCCAGGAGAAAAUAAACCAGGCACAGAGUCCUCUUCCUCUCUUCACAUGUCUGCAUGUCAAGCCAGAUGUUUCUGAGCUCAUGUUUGCAGACUGGGUGGAGUUCAGCCCAUAUGAAAUUGGGAUGGCAAAGUACGGCACCUUCAUGACCCCCGACUUGUUUGGAAGCAAGUUCUUCAUGGGAACGGUUGUGAAGAAGUACGAGGAAAAUCCUCUCCAUUUUCUGAUGGGUGUGUGGGGCAGUGCCUUCUCGAUUCUGUUCAACAGAGUGCUGGAAGUCAAAGAUACAGCUGGUGGCAGCACCAUGGAGGAGGAGUUAGGGCAGCUCAAACCGCAGCACAUUCUCGGAGAAGACAGUCUCGACAAUGACAACGAGCCACGCAAAGGUGGUACGGAGAACCUGGAGGCAGAGGACGAUGAUCGCACCACUAAGGCCAGCUGGGUUCAGCGAAUGUUCACAUCGCUCUUCAGUGACUCUGCCUUGUUCAACACAAGAGAAGGCCGGGCUGGGAAGGUGCAUAACUUCAUGCUGGGCCUGCACCUGAACACCAGCAUCCCAUUCUCUCCACUCACUGAGGUCAUGUAUCACUCUCCCCCACCUGAGGAGGAGGUGGAUGCUGUUACAGACCCUGAUGAGUUUGAUCGUAUCUACGAGCCUCUGGAUGUGAAGAGUAAGAAGAUCCAUGUGGUGGACAGCGGCCUGACCUACAACCUCCCCUACCCUCUCAUUCUGCGACCGCAACGUGGUGUUGACCUCAUCAUCUCCUUCGACUUUUCUGCACGGCCGAGCGACUCCAGCCCCCCAUUCAAGGAGCUUCUGCUAGCAGAAAAGUGGGCUCGAAUGAACAAGCUCCCAUUCCCCAAGAUCGACCCCAAAGUCUUCGACCGCGAGGGCCUGAAGGAAUGCUACGUCUUCAAACCAAAGAGAGGAGAAAAGAACUGCCCGACUGUCAUCCACUUUGUCCUGGUCAACAUCAACUUUAGGCAAUUCAAAGCACCUGGUGUUCCCAGAGAGACUGAGAAGGAGAAUGAGUUCGCAGAUUUUGACAUCUUUGAUGACCCCGAGACACCUUUCUCCACUUUCAAUUUCCAGUACUCCAACGAGGCCUUCAUCCGACUCCAUGACCUCAUGGAGUUCAACACUCUCAACAACCUGGAGGUUAUUAAAGAAGCCAUCAAGGACUGCAUCGUCUCCCGGAAGGAGAACCCCUCAUUCCUCUCCCUUCCCUUCUCACUCAGCGAGAUCCCGAAAAAGAAGUUUCUCAGAAGAGAUCCUCAGCCAUAACCUUGGAAUCACUUGGGAAAUGAUAGCCAGUAGCCUUUUUUUGGCUAAAUUGCAGUAUAUGAAUAAGUGGACUUUAGGGAUUUUUGUAGAUUCUCUCUUAAAGUAUAUCAUUUUCUUUUUGGAAAAUGCAAACAUCCUGAUCUCUUCUCUGUAUCCUUUUAAUCAGGAGGAUUUGUUAAACUCUGAUUUGAUAUAAGUGCCUGUAAAGAACCUUAAUGUUUACUGGUAAAAAGCCUUAUGAUUGCAUUCAUAUACAACACAGUGAGAAUUUUCAUCUGGCUUUAUUUGCACCAAUCUGACUACUGGGAAAACUGUUGGUGUUUAUUGACCACGAACAGCAUAUAGUUGCUUUAGCUACUGGCUGUGAGAAAGACUGGAUGUUGUAAACACUGCACUGUGACUGGGUUGUAAUAGCUAACAUCUGGCUCCUUCACAAACAACAGACAGUUGUUUGUGAAUCCUGUCUUUUGUUUUUGACAUUGUAUCUCUUAGUUCUUCAUGUUUAAAAGAAGUCUUCUCAUCCACCUCACUUUAUUGGAUCAUGUGAAAUUUCUAUGCCAGCUACAACAUUCCCAAUUCAUGCGGACACCUCUUGGCUUUAGUUCAUGCUGCCUAGAGCAAAGCUGCGUUUACAUCUUUCCUAUGGCUUUGUAUGCAGCCAUGCUGUUUCUCAAGUUUGCUUCGGGGCUGUGUGAAUGCACUGUAAAAAGCCUCACCUGUACUGUACCUGUUUGUGAGCUGAACUCUUUCCAUAUUGAACUUGCAGCUACAGAGAAAGCAGAUCACCAUGUUUUUGUUUUUUUCACCGGAUGGCCCGUCUAAACACGUAAUCCUGUUUGAAAACAUGGAAGAGGAGCUCGUAACCAUUGGUUUUUGUUUGAUGGCAACUCCCAAACACAGCGAAUGCACCCCGUCUGGAUACCUCAACCAUCUCAAUGAUGUUUACCCACCUACACGGAGGCCGCGCUCCCUGCUCCCCUGAAGGCAGUGUCUCAUAUAAAAGCCACCAUUUUGGAAAAACAAAACUUAAUGCCAUAGAAACGGCCCAGCUUCCUCUCUCUCUCUCUCUCUCUUACUCUCUCUUUCUCUAGGGGGAUAAACCUGUGUUUAUUUCCCUCACCGUGUUUUUUCAGGCUACCUUUUAGAUACAGCCACUGCUCUAGGGCCAUUUCCUGGUCAGACAAAACCAACUUGCCGCAGGACUCCUCAGACGCCCCCCUGUAGUGAAGUGGAGCUUAGGUCAGAGCAAGGGAAGGCUGGGUGGAGCGGUGAGUGCAAUCACCCACUCACAGCUGGAAAUGGUGGCUGUCUGCAGCACUCAGUGGAAUUUUACACACUACACCUACACCUGCAGCAGUGGAGGCCUGGAAUCUGACACACUACACCUAUACCUGCAGGGGCCCAAAGGCUGCACACAGAGCAGUGGAAUUUUACACUGAUGCUCUUCCGACCCCUAUAUGCUCAUGUUUCAGCCCCACUGGUUCAGAAGAAACUGAGAAAAUAAAGGAAGUUGUCUGCCUUCUUGUUGCAGGAUUCAUGACCGACAAACCUUUACAAGUUGCAUGCACAUUGAUUCUUUUAGCAGAUGGGUUGUGGUGGUUUUUGGAUUUUUUUUGAUUUUUUUUUUUUAUAGUUCACAGCAUUCUCAUUUCUUUAAAGAAAUUGAUUUGUUUUUUGUGAGUUUUGUUACGUAUUCAUGCUUCUCGAACACAGAGUACUCUCUCAUUCAGCAUUUCUUUUAUUGUGAAGCGUGUUCCUUUAGUCUUAAAAAAAAUCGGUAUCCACUACAGCGCUAAAUAUUAGAAAUCGAAACUUUACUAACGUUAAGCAAUGAUUACUUUCUUUGCAAGCACAGAAAAAAAAACCCACAGCUUUCGUGAAAAUGUACAAGUGCAGCAGCACGGGAACUUUUUUCAUUUCGUCACAUUUUGCGGUUUCGUCCAUAUCAAUAAAAUUCAUCAAUGCGCUUCAAAUUCAUCUAAAGCCUUACCAGUUAGUUAUUAUCUUUAUUUGUAAUCUGCCGUUUUAAAACCUUUUACAGCCUUUGUUAAUGUAGGUCCUCCUCAGAAUAUGUCUGAGCUAACCCCGGCCCCUUGACUCGCGUGGCUCUGACCAAACACACAAAAACUAAAAUGCACUGAUCUUUAGAGGUGCUGGUAGGUUGAUAAUGUUACCUUUGGACAGGGCCAGGGUAGCUGUUUCCCCCUGUUUUCAGCCUUGGAGCUCAGCAAAGCUUACCAGCUGCUGGCUGUAGCCUUUAAUGUAAUGGACAGAUGUGAGAUCUUUCCAUCUAGGUCAAUUGACAAA